GACGCCAUUUUCCCUAGGAAUCCCAGAUUUGCACCGGAGUGUACUCGUACAUGUUGCAUAUAUAGACGGUACUAACAGUACUAGUUUUCAACGGAAUAUUGUUUUAGAAUGGAAAUAUUAGUGUCUGUAUAAUUUAAAAUAAUAUUGUAAUAAAUUGUAGUUUAUUCAAACUAAAUCUUACAAAUAAAUUCUUUCUAACUCUUAUAAAAAGACAUUGAACCAUAAACAUAAUGAGGUGACCAACCAAGUUAUAAGCACGAUUACCGAUAUAUGUAGUACUAACACUAAUAGUAAAAACAUAAUUAAAAACAGCGGUAGAACUAAUAACAUCAACGAAACUAAGAAUAAUAACACAACUUAAAUAUUCUGCCAAAAUUAUACAAUCUUUCUAAACUUCAUGUUUUAAAGAACAUGUAGAAGUAUCAUUGCUUGAGUGUGAAUUGCAAAGCACCUAAUACAAUAUAAGAUUUAUUCAUUAAUAUAACUAUUAAUUAUAGUUACAAUACUAAGUGAUAAACCUACAGUCUUAAAUGAUUUAUAUUUAAUGAAAACCUUGGCAUGACUAUUCAAUAUAGCAUGCCACCUUUUGGAAAUGGAAUACAAGAAAAUUGCUAUUAUAUUAAGAGGGACUGCAUUAAAUAAAGAAGCAGAUCAUUGCCAUUAUUACUAUAGAUUUUGUAAUAAGAGUAAAUGGCCAUGGCUGAGAACUUGGAGAGUGAAAAAUAUCCUUUACACAAAUGCAUAUUUCAAGGAGACGUUAAAACCUUAAGUUCUUUAAUUAGGACUUAUGAUAUUGCAGAAAAAGAUAAACAAGGAAAUACUCCGUUACAUUUAGCUGUCAUGUUAGGAAGAAAAGAAUCGGUCCAAUUAUUACUUGCACAUGGUGCACCUGUAAAGGUAAAAAACUUGGCUGGAUGGAGUCCACUUGCAGAGGCAAUUAGUUAUGGAGAUAGACAAACUAUAUCAUCAUUAGUGCGAAAAUUAAAGCAACAAGCAAGAGAACAAAUGGAAGAAAGAAGACCAAAUUUAGUUGCAACAUUACGUCAAAUGGGUGAUUUUUAUAUGGAAUUAAAAUGGGAUUUUCAGAGUUGGGUACCAUUAGUUUCUCGUGUACUUCCUUCUGAUGUGUGUAAAAUACACAAGAGCGGAGCAUCUAUUAGAAUGGAUACUACUUUGGUAGAUUUCAAUGACAUGAGGUGGGAAAGAGGAGACAUAUCGUUCAUUUUUAAUGGUGAUCAGAAACCAAGCAAAUCAUUGACAGUGCUCGAUAACAAAGCUAAACUUUUUCAAAGAGUGAGAUAUGAGGAAACAGAAUUAGAAAUAGAGGAUGAAGUAGAUAUUCUCAUGUCAAGUGAUAUCAUGGCAGCCCAAAUGUCAACAAAAGGUAUUACAUUUUCAAGAGCACAAACUGGUUGGAUAUUUCGUGAAGAUAAAAGGGAGAUGGUAGGACCUUUCCAUGCAGAUUUUUAUCAAAUCAAUGGAAUGGUUUUGGAAAGUAGGAAACGACGAGAACACUUAAGCGAAGAAGAUUUGCAAAAGAAUAAAGCUAUUAUGGAAUCAUUAACUAAAGGAAGUUCGCAAGGAUUUGCAAAUGGGAAGCCUCCAGUUAGAAGAGCUUCUUUAAAUCCCCCACCAGAAUCAAAUAUUACUUGGGAAGAAUAUAUUAUGGCUCCGCCUGGUCAAUGUCCACUUCUUGGAAGAAAUCUUGUUUAUAAAGAAAGCAGUAAAUCAUUUAAAGCAACAGUUGCUAUGAGUCCAGAUUUUCCAUUGACAGUUGAUAUGCUACUCAAUGUUUUGGAAGUAAUAGCGCCGUUUAAACAUUUCAGCAAAUUACGAGAAUUUGUCCUUAUGAAAUUACCACCUGGAUUUCCUGUAAAAAUCGAUAUACCUAUCUUACCUACGGUAACAGCAAAAAUCACUUUUCAGGAAUUUGCCUUUCGCAAUGAUAUAGAUCCACAUUUAUUUCAAGUACCAUCAGAUUAUUUUGAAGAUCCUAUGAGAUUUCCAGAUUUAUGACGACUCCGUGUUCGACGGAAAACUCAAGUCAAUUGUCAAAGUAAAAAACAAAUCAUUUUUUCUCAAGAAACUAUUUGGCUUUACAAUUUUCUUAAAUUAUACUGCUGCCAAAAGGUCUCUCAAAAAGUUAUGAAAUAUUCUUUAAAAAAAAUUAUUCUGAUUUUGAACAUAAAUGGUAGAAAAUAUUGUUUAUGAAAGUACACAGAAAGUUUAAAGAGUGGCAUACUUUAUUUACACACUUGUACGCUACAUCCUAAAGAAGAAAAUAACGUAAUAAAUCUAUGCACAUUAAGAUAUACAUUUUACUCCACUGAGUGCAUAACAGAUAAUUACAUUAUGCACCUUAUUUUACCUCAUUUAGUUUCAAUUUUGAAUUUUCCUUUUUCAUACGUAGCAGUUAUUAUUUAAAAAGUAUUGUAUUUGCGAAAUAAUGACAUUUCGCAAUAUUUAUUUAUAAACAGUAAGAUUUUCUCUUUUAAAGAGAAUAUUUUUAAUUAAUAUAAAGUAUGGGAGAUAAAUAUUACAAAUAAACUUUUUUUCAAUUAAUAGCCAGUGGUGUCUCCUAUUAUGAUUAGUUGUACCAGAGUAAUGAAUAUGAUUCAAAAAAAUAUAGUAAGGACAUAUUGACAUGUUUUCAUUUUAAGUACAACAUUUUACGUACAUUUUAUGUUCUGCUCGCUAAUUUAGACUUGUGAUACUAUACAUGGUAGUGUAUGCGUGUAUGCGUUUCUAUGUAUGCGCGUGGCAUGUGUUCAUACUUAUGUACAUGUGAGUGCGCAUUUAAUACAAAAUUUUUAAAUAAAGAUUUUAAAUUGAGA